AUGUCGGCACCCACUUCCGAUUCAGAGUUCAGCAAGAACGAAGCAGGCCAUUUGCCUGACGGUACCGGCCUCAGAAACAAGGAGCGAGGAAGCGAUGAUACUGAGGGGAGUGGUGACUUGAGCCAGGACCUGGACCAGGAAUCGGAUCCGGAGUACGCGACGUCCUUCCGCUUGAUCAUCAUCAUGGCCACUUUGAGUCUCAGUACCCUGAUCGCAGCUUUGGACCUGGGUAUCGUUGCCACGGCUAUCCCGAAAAUUACCAGCGACUUCCACGCACUCAGUGAUAUCGGAUGGUACAGCGGUGCCUGUUUCCUUCUCGUUGGAACAACCUCCGCCCCGUGGGGUAAGAUGUACAAAUACUUCUCGGCUCAAUGGACGUAUAUGACAGCACUUGCCUUGUACCUGAUUGGAAGUAUCGUGGCCGCCGCCGCACCUAACAGCAUUGCACUGAUCGUGGGUCGAGCUCUGCAGGGCUGGGGAUGUGCGGGCACCCUCGGCGGCUCUGUUCUAAUCAUCAACUUCACGGCACAGCCUAAGACUCGCCCCAUGCUCAUCGGCCUAUGGAUGGGCGUCUUCAUGAUCGCCACGACCAUUGGCCCCCUGAUAGGCGGCGUGUUCACGACCGAGGUGACAUGGAGAUGGUGUUUCUGGGUGAAUCUUCCGGUGGGGGGCACAGCUCUCGUACUGCAAUUUCUCUUUUUGCGAAUGCCGAAACACAUUAAGCCCACCCCCGCGUCGUGGAAGGAGAUUCUACUGCACCUUGAUCUCCCCGGCUGGAGUUUGCUGUUCGCCUCGAUCAUCUGCUUCACGUUAGCUCUGCAAUGGGGCGGCAUGGAGAAACCAUGGAGUAAUGGCUCCGUCAUUGCCACCUUGACCGUUUGGGUUGCCUUGACGAUUGCAUUUGUGGUCGUCGAGUGGUUUCAGGGCGAGUACGCUAUCAUGCCCCUUAAAAUGCUGGCAGGCCGUAUUACAUGGUCCCAUCUCUUAUACGCGUUCAUUGCCAACCUAGCCAACUUUCAGAUACUGUUUUAUCUUCCCAUCUACUUCCAGGCCGUGCAUGGCAUGUCAGCUAUCAAAAGUGGCGUAUACUGUCUUCCGUUCAUGGCUUUCUAUACUUGUGGGGCUAUAGUUAGCGGUAUGAUCGUUGGGAAGACCCGCUUCCUACAGCCCAUCGAGUUUAUUAGUGGGUUCAUAGCCGUCCUUGGCGCCGCCCUGAUCUACUGCAUCGACGUGGACACCUCGAAGGCGUGGUACAUCGGCGCUCAGAUCCCCUUUGGGCUCGGAAUCGGUCUAGGAAACCAGGUUCCGGUGACGGCGUUACAGGGUUUCGCGACGCCAGAAACCGUGGCAGCGACGAUGGGAGUAGCUUUCAUGGCCCAAUCUAUCAGUGGGGCUUACUUUGUUUCGGCUGCGAAUUCUAUCUUCAACAACUACCUGCUGCAGACCUUGGCGAGAACUGCUCCUCAAAUCGAUUCGGCAGAGAUCUUGUACAUUGGAGUGUCAGAAGUUGCAAACGUAUACAAAGGAGAGCAGCUGACUUUGGUUCGAGACGCAUAUAUGGUUGGUAUCAAAGAUGUCUUUGCCUUCGCCCUGGCCGGUACUGCUCUCACCGUGGUCCUGGCCCUUUUAAUCCCCUUCAAAAGACUUCCUUCUCAUGAGACAAAAAAGGCCGAGGAUAAGGAGGCAGCAGCCAAGGCCCCUUGA